UGGUGUUAAGCCUGUGUUUCUCCAUUGCCAGAUCCGAUCUCAUUUUGCACCGACACGCAAAGUUUCUAGUCCUUCAAGUCAAAGCCUUUUUCAUAUCCUUUUCUUCUUGUUAGAUUUCCUGGAAACUCAACCGUUCCCGGAGUUCCCUAAAAGAAAGUAAAGUGUCCUCUGUUUGUUAGUUUGGGAUCUUUCGGAUUCUGGGUAAGUUAAUUGGAAAGGAAGUUCGUCAUGUUCCGUGAUUCGCCUAGUAGGAACUCGAGAUCGAAAGGGUUGAAGGUAAAGCAUGCUCUUCAAAUAUGUGUUCUUGUAGGUAUCUGCAUCUGGUUGCUUUACCAAGUUAAGCACUCUGGUGAGAAGAAAGCAGCCUAUGAGACAUCGGGGAAUGAAGUCGUUAAGUUGGGGAGAAAGGACUUUCCUCGAUCGGAAGGAAUAACUGUUAAGGAUGCACGGAACAAGGAGGAAGAGGAGGAAGAGGAGGAAGAGGAGGAAGAGAGCAAGAAUGGAGAAGAAGAUAACAAGCCUGAGGUAACUGAAGAUGAAGGGAAAGAGAGUGGGGAUGUCGAUGCAGUGAACGAAGGUGAUAAAGAGAAACCUGAGGAGGAAACUGACCGCAGAGAGGAUUCAUUAGGUGGAGGGAAGGAAGAGGAGAGUGAAGAGAGCAAAGAAAAUGGAAAUAGUGGGAGCAAAGAGGACACUGAAAACAAAGGGAAUGAGGAGGCACAUGAAGAGAAAGAGACGGAAAAGAGUGAAGGUGAGAUAGAGAAUUCAAGUGCCUCGGAUGACCAGGUUCGGGAUGGAGUUGACCAGAACAAUGAAGAAGCAAGGGAAGAACAUUACAAGGCGGAUGACGCUUCCAGUGAAGUAGUCCAUGAUGCCCAAAAUGUAGCAGUUGAGAACGAGACGAGUGGUUUGGAAAAUUCCAAUGUGUCAGAGCAGUUGGAAAACAAAGAUAAGAAAGAUCAGGACGAAACAAAUAGCAGUGAAGCAGCCGAUGUCCAUCAUGAUGAAACAACCGAGAACAAAAGAGAAGAUUCACAAACUGAUACAGCUACGGAAUCAAAUGAGAAUCAGACAGAUGCAACACAUGGAACAACUGAGAAUGAAAAUGAUAUAGUUCAGCAAUCUGAGAAAUCGGAUUCAAGUGGCAGUGGUGAGCAAUUAGACUCAAAUGCAACUCCAACUUCAACUGAGAACGAGGAUGGAACAAAUGGAGACUCCACAAGCUCUGAAUCAAAUGGACAGACUGAAAACUCCAAUGCACGGACUGGAUCAGACGGCAAUCCAAAUGCUUUUCAGAGUGAAGAAUCAAACAACAAUUCUGGAGAGGGGACACAAGAAAAUGUUCUGUCGCUAAACACAAAUGAGAAUUCAAAUGCUAGCGAGAAUAAAGACAGUGAAACAUCCUCGAACACUGAUGAUAAUGCUGGUGCAGGUCAGAAUGGGAACGAUAGUGGCAUUACAAACAAUGAUGGGAAUGCAAAUGGGAAUGGCAGCAGCACCAACAAUCAGAGCAAUGCCACAGACAAAGCAGCUGCAGAUGUUACUCAAAAGAACAACAAUUUGAAUGAAAAUGAACAUUCUGCUCAGAGCAACACCGAAAGCAAUGAAAACGCAGGCCAGAACGAGAACAAUGCCACUCAGAGCAACACGGACAACAAUGAAAAUGCAACUGCAUAUGUUACUCAAAAGGACAACAAUUCGAAUGAAAAUGCUGCUCAGAGCAACACCGAAAACAAUGAAAAUGCAGGUCAGAACGAGAACACCGACAGCAAUGACAAUGCAGGUCAAAACGAGAACAAGUUCACUCAAAGCAACACUUACAACAAUGACAAUGCAGGUCAAAACGAGAACAAGGUCACUCAAAGCAACAGUGGCAACAAUGAAAAUGCAGGUCAGAACGAGAACAAUGCUGCUCAGAGUGGUACCAACAACGAAAAUGCAAGUCAGAAUGAGAAUAAUGCUUCUCAGAGCUACAACGACGACAAGAACAACAAAAAUGAAAAUGCAAGUCAAAAUGAGAACGAUGCCACCCAGAGCCAUACCAACAGCAAUGAAAACUCAAAUCAGAGUGAGAACAACAACGCCGUUCAGAGCUUCAACGACAGCAAUGGAAAUUCUAACUACGAUACAAAUACAGAGCAAAACAAAUCAGUGGAUUCUUCAAAUUCAUCGGAUCCGUCAUCAAAUACAAAUGGAAACACUGAUGCAAGCCAGAACAAUCCCAAUGGCUCGUCCAAUGCUUCAAUGACUCAAGAAGUGAAAGAAGCUCAAACAGGUUUGGGAACUCAGCCAGAUACCACGACUGAGGGAAAUAACAGUGGGAAUGCAGCUGCAGAAUGAAAUAGUAAUGAUUUGUCGUUCACUAUAUGAGUCUUUACGGUCACUAAAUUUUUGUUUUCUUUUUCCUGAGAUGGGAUUGAGACAUUGUAUGUUCUUAGCUACUUGUGUUUUAUUGUGAUAUUAGUGUUGAAAUUUGUACUUG